AUGAACGCGGAGGAGAUCGCGGCCAACAUCGGGACCAUCGCCAAUUCCGGCACCCGUAAAUUUCUCGAAGAACUGCAGAAGCGCGUUUAUGGCGGCCGACAAGUGACGGUGAUCACCCGCCGCGCCGGCGGCGACGAAGCCGCCCUCAAAUGGGAAAGCACCGGCGACGGCACCUACACCCUUGAACCCGCCGAACGCGACACCUUCGGCACCGACAUCAUCCUCCACCUCAGCGAAGGCAAGGACAAGUACCUCAAGGAAUGGACCAUCCGCGAGAUCAUCAAAAACGAAGAGGUGCUCAACUCCAUGAAGGCGAUCUGGACCCGCUCCAAAAGCGAGGUCACCGACGAGGAAUACAGCGAGUUCUACAAAGCGCAGUUCCACGACUACCAGGAUCCCGCGGAAGUCAUUCACUACAAAGCCGAGGGCAACAUCGAAUUCAACGCACUGCUGUACCUCCCGGGCAAACAGCCUUUCGACAUGUUCAGCGAGCACUCCGAGCACGGCGUCCAACUCUACGUGAAGCGCGUGUUCAUCAUGGACAAGUGCAAGGACCUGCUCCCGCCCUACCUCCGGUUUGUGAAGGGGGUGGUCGACUCCAGCGACCUGCCCCUCAACGUUUCGCGCGAAAUUCUCCAGGAGGAUGCGCUGAUCCGUAAAAUCCAGAAGAACCUGGUCAAACGCAUCCUCAAAACCCUCGCCGAAACCAAAGAGAAGGAUCUGGACAAGUACCUCGCCUUCUACGAGGAAUUUGGCCGGGUCAUCAGGAAGGCGCUCACAGCGAUCACGAAAACCGUGAAAAAUUCACGAUUUGCUGUUGUUCGAAUCGUCCAAAAACGACGCGGGCAAACUGAUCAGCCUCAAGGAUUACGUCGACAACAUGCACCCGGAUCAAAAGGAGAUUUACUACAUCUCCGGCACCAGCCGCGAAGCGGUGGAGAAUUCACCCCUGCUCGAAGCGUUUAA